AUGGCUUCAGCAACGAGCUUUUACGAUUUCAAGCCGCUUAACAAUCGCGGUCAGGAAGUCUCUCUCGCCGACUACAAGGGCAAGGUCGUCCUCGUCGUGAACACGGCUUCCAAGUGCGGAUUCACGCCGCAGUACGGAGGCCUCGAGAAAAUCUACAAAUCCAUCAAGGACAAGUAUCCAGAAGACUUCACCAUCUUGGGCUUUCCGUGCAAUCAGUUCAAUGGCCAGGAGCCUGGUACCAACGACGAAAUUCAGGAUUUCUGCCGCGUCAACUACGGCGUCAGCUUCCCCAUCAUGCAAAAGAUUGACGUCAACGGCGACAAAGCCAGCCCCCUGUACGAAUGGCUCAAGUCCGAAAAACCCGGGCUGAUGGGUCUGAAGCGCAUCAAGUGGAACUUUGAGAAAUUCCUCGUCGGUCGCGAUGGUACGGUGAAGGGACGCUGGGCCAGCACGACCAAGCCUGAGAGUCUGGAGAAAACCAUUCUGGAAGAGCUGGAGAAGAAGGAGUAA